CAUGCUCGAAUGGUUUGGCAUCUGUUGUUGCAGUUCCUUCAUCUCCUGUAUGUGUUCGGUGAUUGCCACAGUUUGGUGUUUGUCGCCCCGGCGGACAUAUUUCCGCGAUGGAGUUAAGCCUGACAGAAACUCCAAAAUGGAGAGACCCAACAGCAGAUCAGACAUCGAAGGAAAGAAAGACUCGAUGUGCAGAAACAAGGGUGGCGGAGCUGAGCCCCAACUUUGCUCGAUGGAUGACAGCUGUACAUCAUGCACUUGCAUCGGUCAAAAUUUCAUUCGAGAGCCUUUUUCACAUGUCCCUUAUGCUUCUAAUCCUGGGUACGGAAUGCCAGGAUCCUGUCGAUUACCUUGUCAGUUGACGACCAACAGUCCCUGCUGCGUCAUGUCUGGCAGGCCAAUUUCUCAUCCCAAUUGCCGACCAAUGAAUUCAGACAUAUCGUGUCGUCCUGUUCCUACAGAGAACGAUAUUAAGAAGACCAUCGAUGAGUAUAACACUGUGUUUAAACAAUACAAUGACCUCAUGACGAAGGAAGCUAUACGACUGGAGACCAGAAGACUGGAGAAAUCAGCUUCAAAGACGUCUUCGUUUGGACUGUCUGUAUCGGCAGCAACAGGCAUCGAUGAUUAUGAAAUUAACACACCUGGAAAUGGAGAAAAAAUGCCUGUCAAGAAAAUGAAGGGUAGUAAACGUCACAGGGAGAAACAGAAUUUACCCAGUAAGUCGAAUGGCAAACACAAAGAUCGGUCUAAGAAGAGGAGUAAGGAACGCGUUAAAAACAGAAGUAGCAGAAAUCGUUGCACCUGUAAACCGAAGAGUACAACAAGCUCUAAGUGCUGUUGCGAGAGGAAGGACCCUGACAAAGUGAAAAAAAGUAACUCAUUGAAUGUGCAAAUGAAUGCCGUCGAGGAACGAAACGAGAGAGAGGAACCGGAUCUUUGUUGCGAGUCGAUUUACUCUAAUUUUGUAAAUAACAAGAAGUAUCCUUCUCGACAGUCCUCGUGGCUGCAGAAGGCAGUUCAGAAGGUACGGGAACACGUGCGGAAGGAUGAGAACGAUCGUUGCUGCAUCUGUAAUAGUGUCGGUAAUGAUAAAUUUAAUCACAGGAUGUCAAGGAAAAGAAGUUAAGAUCUAACAUUAAAA